ACGAGUCGGUUGUAGAGAACAUGAAUUACCAAUAUACUUGAUAUUUGACAAUUCAAAACACUUAAUAUAACUAAUCACAUGCACUUUAAUAUAAUAUCCCAACACAUACAACACCUCAAAAUGUAAUAUGUCGGAAUAUAGUGAGUAUAUAACUUGUGCUACACUUCGUUGCCUAUUUCAAACCAAUUGGGUAUAAUUAAUAAACACAAUAUAAUUACUUAAUAAAUAGAGAAAGAGAGAGCAGUGAUCUGAUCAUCAAAGCCAGAAUGAUAUUGAUUAGCCCCAAGUUGCUCAUCAAGAUGGCAAGAAAGUGGCAAAGAAUAGCAGCUAUGAGUAGGAAAAGGAUCUCUUUCCCAAGAAGUGGUAGUAAUUAUAACAAUACGGUAGAAAUGGAUGUGGAAAGCUCUACGACGUCGUAUAAUAAUAAAAAAGGUCAUUUUGUGGUUUACACUACAGACGAGAAGCGUUUUGUGAUGCCGUUGGAGUUUCUGAACAAAAACAUAUUGAGAGAGCUGUUCAAGAUGUCAGAAGAGGAGUUUGGAUUGUCAAGCGAUGGUCCUAUAAAAUUGCCUUGUGAUGCAGUGUUUAUGGAGUAUGUGGUUAAACUCAUCAGACGAGGUGUGGCCCAAGAUUUAGAGAAUGCUUUGCUUAAAUCGAUUGACACUACUUCCUUCUCUUACUCAUCAUCACCAUUUUCAGCCCACACUGCUAGUACUGGCCAAUUCGCCAGUCAACAAAUCCCAGUUAUUGGUUACUAAAGCAAAAUAGCACUAAUUAAUUAAUUAACUAGUGUGUGUACUACUCUAGUCUCUGAUUGAUUGUAUAUUAAUGUAAAAAGAUAAUUAAUUUCAUAUGAUGAAUUCAUGAA